CAGGAGCUCCUUCCUGGUCUCCCACUUUGUGAGUGGCAGGAACUCAAGCACUUAAGGAUCAUCUGAUGCGUCCAUGGGUCGGUGGCCGGGAGAUGGGUCAAGAUUGUGAAUAUGCUGUGUGGUGCCGCUAUCCUGAAUCGCAGCUUAACCAAGCAGAACAUAACAUGCACUCUAGAAGGACUCUUGACCUGACUUUGUUUCUCACUCAUCUCCCUAGGGUGGUAUUAGGAAUUCUUCACGUGAGCAAGAGUUGGCCCUCAGGUCCUAUGUGUUGGUUGAGUCUGUCUGCAAAAAUCUUCAGAUGCUGGCUAUGGUAGUGGCUUCUCAGAAUGCUGUGUUGUUGGAAGGGCCAAUAGGAUGUGGCAAAAUGUCCUUGGUGGAACAUUUAGCUGCCAUGACAGGUAGAAGGAAGCCUCCUCAGCUUCUCAAAGUCCAGCUUGGUGACCAGACCGACUGUAAGAUGCUGUUGCGGAUUUAUCGCUGCACAGAUGUUCCUGGAGAGUUUGUGUGGCAGCCUGGCACCCUGACACAGGCAGUGACAAAGGGCCACUGGAUCCUUGUGGAGGAUAUUGACUAUGCCCUCUUAGAUGUGGUUUCUGUACUGAUCCCUCUAUUGGAGAAUGGAGAGGACUUGAUUCCUGGCCGAGGUGACUGUCUGAAAGUGGCUCCUGGAUUUCAGUUCUUUGCAACAAGGAGAUAUGUCCUAUUAACUUUUCUCUUCCUCUGGUGCCAAGCUGAGAAAUACUGGAAUAGAGUGCCCUGUAUCCACUUCAAGUAG